UCAGACGAGACUCCUGAGAUCCCUGCGGCAAGCGCCCAUUAUCAGUCCCGGUUUCCGUCCCUGCGGCCAUGCUGGCCAGGAGCGCUACGCGAUGCUUCAAUAAGCUCAGAGCUCCCGUCUCGCGGCCUUUGGUACGGCUCGCGAGGCCGCAAUGUCGACGCUUCUCAAUGAAUGCCAACGGGCCGACGCCGGGGUCUCCGCCAAUGUCGAGUACCGGCAUGCUUGCGCCGUUCACGGCCGAGCUGGACCAGAUAGCGCCCUCGUUCAAGAUUAAUGGCGCUCAGAUUCGCGUCCUCCAGUCACCCGCCGAGUUCUACGAGACCCUUAAACACAAAAUUCGCAACGCUGAACGGCGCAUCUUCCUCUCGACCCUCUACAUCGGCAAGUCGGAAAGGGAACUGAUCACUACGCUGCAAGAGACGCUCCGCGCGAAGCCCGAACUCAGGCUCAGCAUCCUCACAGACGCCCUUCGAGGAACCCGAGAGGCUCCAGACCCGUCUUGCGCAUCGCUAUUGGCCCCCCUGGUUGCCGAGUUUGGCCCUGAGCGUGUCGAGAUCCGCAUGUACCACACGCCCAACCUGACAGGGCUGAAGAAGAAGUACGUGCCGAAGCGGAUCAACGAGGGUUGGGGCCUGCAGCACAUGAAGCUGUACGGUGUCGACGACGAGAUUAUCCUCUCCGGCGCCAACCUGUCCAGCGAUUACUUCACCAACAGGCAGGACCGAUACCACCUCUUCUCUUCAAAGGACGUCACCGAGUACUUUGCGAACAUACAGGAUGCUGUCUCGUCGCUGAGCUUCCUCAUCGAGCCGUCAGAGUCCCAGGCAGGGUUCGAGAUGGUCUGGCCUGAGGACAACGCUGCUCCAUCGCCCUUAGAAGACCCUAAGCAGUUCGUCAAAGAGUCGACUUCUCUCCUAGCUGGCUUGAUAUCCCCCAAAACGGCGCCCCUGACCGCACAUGACACCAUCCCGCAGGAGAAGCCGGAUACUUCCGUAUACAUGCUCACCCAGUUCUCGCAGUUGUUAUCCCCAGACACGUCAACAGAACUCCCGGCAGUCACACAUAUCCUGAAGGCCCUCUCAUUACCGCAAUACGCCAACUCGUCCUGGACCUUUACUGCGGGUUACUUCAACCCUGCGCCUUCACUCACAAAAUUGCUGCUCUCUGCCCAGUCACACAAUAACACGGUCAUCACAGCCUCGCCGUUUGCCAAUGGCUUCUACAAGUCACCCGGGGUAUCAGGGUUACUCCCCGAUGCCUACACUCUUCUUGCGCGCCGUUUCGUUAGAGCUGUUCACCAUAAUCAGCGUGAAGCCUCGACAGUGCUUCGGGAGUGGCGCCGAGGCACCGUCGGCGAGCCGGGCGGCUGGACAUACCACGCAAAAGGGCUCUGGGUGACCCUCCCCGGAAGCGAAGACCCAUCUAUCAGCCUCAUCGGUAGUUCCAACUACACUAAGCGGAGUUAUUCACUGGAUCUGGAGGCGAAUGCCCUGGUUGUGACGGAGAAUGAGGAACUGAAAAAGCGUCUAGGCGAGGAACAGCGGUGGCUGAAGGAGCACACGAGCAUCGUCACUCGGGACGACUUUGCCAAGGCUGACCGGCGAGUUGGGUUCAAAGUACGCAUUGCCAUGAUGAUUGUGCAGCUUUUGGGCGGCGCACUCUGAGCAGUCUCCCACAACACCACUCAAUACACGAAACGCCGACCAUAUGACUUGUUGGAAAGGAGGAUUGUAUGAACACUGUAACAGCACCCUACGAUUAGAGCACUAUACCCGGAAUCAAUUAACCUACAGUCUUUGGUCCUUUGGAUCGGCUUCAAAUGUGUCUCCGAUACGCAGCCUCUUUGUUGGUAUGCU